AUGAAGAUGGAGGAGAAGCAUAACUCUAAAUCGCGUAAGCGUCUCGGACGUAGAAGAGAAGAUACACUCAGUUCCUGGUCGGAUCUUCCUCUAGAUCUUGUGAAUUUGGUGUUGGAGCGUCUCGGCUUUGCAGAUUUUCAACGAGCUAAGUCCGUAUGUUCGUCUUGGUACUCCGCUUCGAGACAGCGCCUGUCCAAAAAUAAUCAUAUCCCUUGGCUGAUUCUUUUCCCCAAAGAGAACAAUUAUCUUCUUUGGUCAAAAAAAGGAAAAAAAAACUAUGAUACUUGUUGCAGGUUGUUCUAUCCCAAGGAAAAAGACAAACUCUACAGAACGAAAGAUCUAGGUUUGGAAUUUUCAAGGAGUGUUUGUAUGAAAACCUAUGGAAGCUGGCUCUUGAUGCGAGAUCCUCUGAAUAAUCUCUACAUUGUGAAUCUUUCUACGCAAGAGAGGAUCAAUCUACCUCCUACGGAGUCGCAGCUUGGAAAGACAAAGAUGGAGCGAACCAGGUGGUGUGUGGCGGCAGAUAUGCGUAAAAAGGAUAUAGUAGAUGGUGUGUGGUUUCGCAUUGACGGACACGAGUACAAAGGUAUUAGUAUAACAUGCCCUUUGUUUUGGAUUGACGAGAAAACCAAAGACCAUGUAGUUAUUUGGGGACUUGCAAGCAAAUGUGUGGUUUAUUCCAAGAAAGGAGAUACCUCGUGGACACAAAUCCCGAAAACUUCAGGUUGUUGUAACAUGGUUUACAAUGAUCACAAGCUUUACUUCUUAAGCAACUCUAAUCGUUUCAAGAUCUUCGAUUUUUCUGGAGAGAUUCCACGGCAAACCUUUCAGCGUGGCUAUAAUAAGGACGAAUAUCCACGUAUUGGACCUAUUAUUUCGACAAAACUUGUAGUCACGGUAAGAGGAGAAGUCCUCAAGGUUGUUAAAAAACAGAAACGGGGGUGUGGUUGCUUCAGUACCUGCUGGUCCUUUCGGGUUAGCAAGGUUUUUUCAUCAGGAUUCCUCAAGAAACACGAACUGGUUCAUUCUCUGGGUGAUGAGUCAUUGCUUUGGGAUCAAGGCAUCACUGUGCUCGCUAAUGACACUGGUGGAUUCAUUAGAAAUUCCAUCUAUUUCAGUGACUGCAAUGGAAUAAACAAUAUCUUUCUUUAUAAUCUCGAGACAGAGAAGACAGAGCAGCUGCACACAUUUGGUUCUUCGUCAGUUCAAUACUCUAGAGCUCGAUGGUUCUUACCAAGUUUUAGGCAUACAUGA